UCAAAACACAAAAUAUCAUUACACAUACAAAGAAAGAGAAAACAAAAAUGGAGAAAUCAAAUUUCGAGUCACUUCCUGAAGAUCAUCAAAUGAAUAUUCUGUCACGGUUGCCUUUGAAGUCCUUGGUGAAGUUCCUCCUCGUCUCGAAGAAAUGGGCAUCCAUGAUCCGCUCUACAAAAUUCAAUGUUGAUUACUUGCCCCGAUCGAUGACAAGGCCUCGAGUGAUGUUCAUGGUCCAACGAUAUACAUCACAGGCUUCACAGCCACCCGAACUUGAGAUGUUGUGGUUUGACACUGUUUAUAAAGAGCAAACAGUUUUAACCGAACCACCUUACGAUGAGGUGUUGUUUCACUCUGUCUAUCAAGACAAGGAACCAUUGUUGUCGUCUGGACAACAACAAUUGCGUAUUUCUCAGCCCAUCCGAGGUUUGAUCUGUCUUAGGUUACAAACUAAGCUUGCGAUUUGCAAUCCGGUUACGAGAAUGUUUCAUAUUUUACCGGAGAUCCAAGCGCCUGAAGAUUCUUACAUAACAAGUUUUCUCGGAUAUGAUGAAGCUACGAAUGUAUUCAAGGUGUUAUGCAUCACGAAGUCUAAGUCAUUACCCACAACUAGGGAAUAUCUAGUCUUGACGGUGGAGUCCGGUCAAGAAGAAUCUUGGAGAUCGAUCGCAUGUCUGUAUGAACAUGAUAAAGUGAAACUUGGUGAAGGAAUAUGUAAAGGAGGGGUUUUGUACUAUGGAGCUCAAACCGAUGAAGCUCAGUCCAAUGGUGACAAAUUUGUGCUCAUGAGCUUCAAUGUGAGGUCUAAAGAUUUUGCCGUCAUUAGAUAUCCUGAAUAUGAUUCCAUAUACACACUUUGGAGAUUAGUGUUUUACAAAGAGAAAAUUGCCUUAGUGAAUGACUGUGACUUUUACAUCAUUCCUGAUUUUAUUGGGAAUGAUGAACCGGACUUGGACAAUGAAGCUGUGAAUGAUGAAUCGAAUGGGACUAAAGUUUUUCAUAUAAUUGUUUUGGAUGAAAGUACACAACAAUGGGAGACAAUCCCCAUAGAGAUUCUUCAUUGGGAAGAAGCUGUUGGAGAGAAGGAAUUUCAGUUCCAAGGUACCAUUGGAGAAAACGAACUUGUUUUUGCACAAAACUCUACCGAACUUGGCGGCCCUGACUACUGUGUAUUGUAUUACAAUACAGAGACCAAAUGUUUCAGAAGGUUUGAGAUUCAAGGAGUGGUUGGCAAUGAUGACUCUGUUCAAACCUUCUUGUCACGUUGAUAGCCUUUACCUUAUGUGAACAACAAGAAUUGGUCCGCUGAUUAUGAUCAGAGACUCGUUGGUUGUUCACUCUCUCAAAGUCCUAUUGUCGUUAAUUUUUUUACAUAUGCUAAAUAAAUAAAUAAUAAUGGUGUGCCUCUAGUUAUAGGUCUUAUUGGGAUUGUUCGUUUUCAUACUUAUUGUCGUGUUGACCUUUGCUUAUGCUAAAAUAAUAAUGUUCGCUCAAUUCAGAUAUUUUAUAACUAUGUUUCUAAAUGAUAAUUCUA